CUAGAUGGGAGAUAACUGAUAAGUAAGACAUAGCAACCCGCGAUAAUUCUUCCAAUUCGAGCCGACCGGUUCUAUUUGGUAAUAAUCAAGAAGAAAGAUGCAAAUAUCAAAAGGGAUAUAUCUAUAAUAAAAUCCCAUCACAGAAAAUUUAAAAUGGACAACAUUAAUAAUAUGUGUACGUGAAGAUCGAUAUAUGGAGAUGAUAUAAUUGAUGGGAAUGCCAGCAAGCUCCGUUGAGGAAGCAAAAAAACAUGCAGUAAAAACUCAAUUGGGGGCGAUUAACAAAGAAAUUAGAGUUUCACAAACUCAGCUCGUCGUACUAAUUACUAUGCAGAUUAUUAGCUAUAAAUAGCUAAUUAAGGCAGAUAUAUAUGAUGAGUGGAAGGUAAUUAAACAACUAAUUAUCAAUCGAUCAUCGUUGAUAUGGGAAUAAGCAGCCAACGGUUGGUAAUCAUGUUCACUGCUGCUGUGCUCUGCUGGAGCUUACUGGUCGUUUCUCCGAUGGCCAAUGGCCGCCGGCUUCUCCAGGCUCCGACCACAUCAAUGGAUCACAAAGGAACUGUCCCAUCUGCCCUUCUUCCUCAAGGUUUGGAAUUAAGUAGUCUUUUUUGCAUGCUUAAUUAUAUUACUGCACGAUCUGGGGAUGAUUAAUUAACUUAAAUAACUUAAUAAUAUAGAUAUCUAAUAUGUGUGGAUUAUAUAUAUAUGGUGGAUGCAUGUCAGCCGAUGAACCGCCGCAAUAUUGUUUUUGGAACACCUCUGUUGGUGAGUGGUUUUGCUCACCGGCCGCCGACAAGGAUAGCAUCCAGCCGCCGACAUGAUGAUCGGUACGUGGCAUGGAGCAGUAGCACUACUUGUCUCUGGAUUUUGAUCUGAUGGUCAUAGUCAGAUUCUACUUGUUUCUCUCCUCAGAUUAAUUACUUGUGUACGAAUAAACAACAAAUGUAUGACGACUGCUAUGUCUUUUUUUUUUUAACGAAUAAAUAACAAAUAAUGUAUGAAGCUAUGUUUUUUUUUCUUAUGUCGUUGAAUUUGCCUAUAAAUAUGUACUUGUUCCGUUCGUUUAAUGUCAUGAGAAGAUUGGAACCCAAUUUAUGUUUGUUUGCUUUGAUUAUUUCUUUCGUUCAGUUUAGUAGUUUCGUAGUUAUUUUGGGUUGUUCUCGCUAUUAAAGAGAUCCUCUACUCGAGAGUGAACGUAUCCAAAAGUCUGGAGAAGUAAAGACCCAGUACGUAGAAUUCCGUCCCUACGGCGCAACUGCAUGUCCAGAUAUAGAUUAAGGUUUAUAUAUGCAAAUUAACGAUUCAACAACAGUUGGUUCUUUGGUGAAUGAUGUAACAAGCUAAAUAAUAUGGUCCCCUUGGUGAGUCUAUAGAUUAAGGUUUAAUUAGGCAAAUUAAAUAUGUCAUCAGCUGAUCUGCCCUUGUAUUUUCCAUUUUGGUUUGCUAUUACAAUGAUCUAGCUUGAACUGACUUUUCAUUUUCUGCAUUAAGGGUGAAGGGUUGGAUAUGUUAGAGAGAGGUUUAGUGCUUUUGGAAUGAAGGGUAUAUCCUUUUUUUUUUUUUUUUUUUUGCCGAUAUUGAAGGGUAUAGUCUUAAAAUGGGCUUUUCCACAGAAGUAUGGAGGCCCGGGCCUGGCCCAAUGUCGCUCCGAAACAAAAUUAAAUCAUGGAUUGGGCAAGGACUCCGCCUGAGCCGCACAAAAAAAUGAGGCCACUAAUUCCCCAAAUCUCAGUUCACAAAACUGCUGAAACUCCCCCAAAAAAAAACUUCCCACCCUUUCUUCUCCAAGCUUUCCAUGGCAUUCAGAGCUGCUGCUUCCCCUUCCCCUCAAGCUUCAUAUCCACCGCCAUUCAAAACCCAAAAUGGCAGCCACCAUAUUCACAAAGCGUUCCAUCAACCAACCACAAGAAAAGGGUUGACAGCUGGUAGGAGUGGCAACCGUAGUAGAAGUGUUGUGGCAACUGCAGCUAAAGAACCACAAAGCCGGCCGCCGAGAGCACCACCUGGAGUUGAUACCAGAAUCCACUGGGACAAUCCUGACGAAGGCUGGAUCGGUGGCGGCACAAACACCGAUACAUCCGGCGACCAGGAAAAGGAUAAUGAAGACUUACUGGGUGACAAGUUUGCUGAUUUGCUCGAUGAUGCUUCUGAUUCUCAUUAUCAGUUCCUUGGGGUGCAGCCAGAAGCAGACUUGGAAGAGAUUAAAUCAGCUUACCGGCGGCUAUCCAAGGAGUACCACCCGGACACAACAUCGCUCCCUCUGAAAACAGCUUCAGAAAAGUUCAUGAGGCUGAGGAGAAUUUAUGCUGUCCUGUGCGACCCCGAGAAGCGGAGAUUCUAUGACUGGUCGCUUGCACAGGAGCUUGCUAGCAAGCAAGCUGAGAAGAUGAGAAUGAAGUUGGAGGAUCCCAUGGAACUGAAUCUCAACACCUACGAAUCGGUUCCUGAUAUGGUUGAUCGUCUUGGAGGGAAAAACUUGGAGCUCAGUGAUCAGGCGAUGACGGCUCUUACAUUUGAUGCUCUCAUCCUUGUUUUUGCUAUUGGCUGCAUUGUUUAUGUGCUGGUUUUCAAGGAGCCAUAUUACUAGCUGCUGGCAUGCAUGAUGCAUGUAAUGUACCAUACCAAAUACAUAUACAGGUUAUUUAUCAAACCAGCCAAAGCAAGUUGGAAGAACAGAUGGGCAAUAGCUAAACUACAUGCUUAUGUUCUGAAGUGAACAAUCAGAUGCACCACAGAAUUGGAAAAGACUUAUCAGAAAUCUUAAGACUUCACUGCUCGAUUGACGAUGCAAUAUAGCUGUAAACUAUAAGCGCUAGUUAUGAACUGAAUACCGAUGAUGACAGACAAGCAACGAUUAACCAGAUCUAGGGAACCACCAUUGCUUGUCUUUAUAACCAUACAAUAAAAUCCCAAUGGAAGCUAUCCUGAAUUUCGAAUAGAUUCAUCCAUAUCAGGCUCAGAGAUAUGACAUCAAAUAACACCAGGAAAAAGAGAUAUCAAGAACAUUACUAAAUCUGGUGUUCACUUAACUAAAAAACAAGGCCAAUUGGUAACAAUGGUUCCACAGCAGAAAUAGGUUUAACAGUGUGCUUGUUCCAGAAGGCAACUAGCAUACUCUAGAUGACUUAAGACAGGCAUUUACUACUGACAUCUCACAGGACAAAGGUUAAAUGUCAGAACAACUAACAUAUUGGUACCAUUCUUUUCAUUACUAUGUUGUGUAGCUAACUAAACUAUAAGUAUAACCAAACUGAUAUGCCCACAGGAAAACAACUACGCACACCAUGAAAGAGCACGGACCUAGGUGUGCGAUUUAGGGAUUGGAUUGAUACGCGAAUUAGGGAUUUGGGGUGAGAUAGAAGGGGUAUUAGGGUUGAGAUGAGAGGAGAUCGGGCCACCAAGGUGGUGGCCGACGGUUGGGAGAGGAGGAACGGGGUCGGCGGUUGAGUGUGAGAGAGAGGAGUUUAGGGAAUAAUUCUGUUGUUAUUGCUUAACCCUAGCUUAUGCCUAACACAUAAUAAUAUAUAUAAUCCGACUAAUUCCCAAUAACUACCCAAAGACUUAACCUAACCGAUUUGACUCCAAUAGUUCCCGAAAUAUCCAAUGUAUCAUAAAACAACCAAAUAACAAUUAAACCCCAAAAGAACAUGUAUCUGACACACCAACAAGUUGAAUUGAGAACUAGACAUUACCCUCGAGAAGUCGGUUGUGAAUUUGAACCUGAUACAAGUUUCUGCAGAGAGGCUUCCAGAUGAAUCACAUACUAGAGCCCCAAAAACAACGUAUCACCAAACAUUCUGUUUUUCCAUGAAAGUUCAACAAGUUACUCUCACGUCACAUGUCAAAGAGCCAAGAAAUGUCGAACUUGCAG